GGAGCAAACAGCUGCCGCUGCGACACCUCCAGUGCCGCGAGUGCCAAACUCUCUGAGGGUCCCCGUUCCUGUUCCCCUUUGGUCUCCUUUCCCACGACAACCAUCCACCUCCACCCCAGACUCCAUUGCGCCUUCUUGACCUUCUUGACCUUCUUUUCUAACCAAGACCUGUCCACCGCCUCCUCACGCUCUUUUUCUCUUGACCGUCUUUGCUCGGUAUACGCUCAUUACAGAGAGAUAUUCUCUCGUUCCAUUCCUUUAUCACAGGCACAAGGACCGUCACCAGCACAACAGAAGAGUCGUACCAGGCACCUCCUCUUCUCGCUUCAUCGCCAUCCGACUAAACCUAGAAGCGCUACAACACUUAUCAGCUCAUCUUGAUCAUAUGAGUCUUCGGCUUUAUUCGUCUAUUCUAGGCAUCACCACUCACACUUAACCCCUGCUCCCUUCCACGGUCUUUGACAGACUGCAAUUCGCCAUUUGCGAUCGAUUUCGCCAUGAAAUUCUCUCAGCUCGCCUUGACGGCGGUCUCAGCCUCUGUCGCUCUAGCCCAGCCCCAUAACCACGCUCAUCGACAUGUGCAUGAACGCAAGCGAGACGUCACCAAAACCGCAUGGGCACCAGGCCCAACCUCUUACAAGUAUAUCCUCGAUGGGAAGGAGAUCUCUCCCGAAGAGGUUUGCCAGGGACUCAAAGACAAUGAAUUGAAGUUUAUCGACGGCGAAGAUCCCGGUGUCUGUUCCACGAGCUCUGCCUCCACCUCAACCACUACGACAGAGGAUCCAUCUACCACCACGACCCCAGCUGCCGAAACUGUGUCCCAGCCUGCUGAGUUUUGGGGGAAUCACCCAUCAUCGAGUUGGGCCGGCCCCAAUGACUGGCCCUCCAGCGCUUCGGCCUCCGAAUCCGCAUCAUCAUGGGCUCCCAGCAGCCCCAGUGUUCCUUCCGGUGGCAGCGGCAUCGACGCUGACUUCCCCGACGGCGCACUCGACUGCACAACAUUUCCCUCGGACUAUGGCCCCGUCGCUCUCCCUUAUCUCAACAUGGGAGGAUGGAGUGGUCUCCAGGCCGUCCAGAUCUCCGGAGGCUUCGUCAAUCACAUUGUUACUGGUAUCAGCGGCGACAAUUGCCAGGAGGGUUCCAUGUGUUCGUAUGCCUGCCCACCUGGAUACCAAAAGUCCCAAUGGCCCUCUACCCAGGGAGCCACUGGACAGUCCGUCGGCGGUUUGUCCUGCUCCGGUGGCAAGCUGCGUCUCACCAAUGCAGGUCUUUCCACCAAGCUUUGCAUCCCGGGUGUGGGAGGAGUUGUGGCAUCCAACCAGGCCUCUGGAACUGUCUCAAUUUGCCGUACCGACUAUCCUGGCACUGAGUCGGAGACCAUUCCAGUCGAGCUUCAGCCUGGCCAGACCAAUCAGUUGACCGUCCCCGAUGCGGCUGCAUACUACGAGUGGCAAGGAAAGUCCACUUCAGCUCAAUACUAUCUCAAUCCCAUUGGAUACGGUGCCUCUGAAGCCUGCCAAUGGGGCACUGCUGACAAGCCCCUGGGCAACUUUGCUCCUAUCAACUUUGGUGUUGGUGCCAAGGAUGGCACCACAUGGCUUUCAAUCUUCCAAAAUUCGCCAACUACCAGUGCCCAAUACCAGGGUACAGUAGAAAUUCAAGGAGAUUUGUCAGGGACAUGCAAGUAUUCCAACGGACAAUAUUGUGGAGUAACUGGGUGCAAUUCUCAAGGAUGCACGGUUUCUAUCCUCUCAGGCACGGCGACCUAUGUCAUUACCGACUAAGAUACCGCGCCAGCAGAAUCAACAAUACCAGACCCAUUUAUGAUACGACAUUGCCCUGUUCUACUUUGCAUGCUACAUGCCGGCGUUGACGUCAGGUUUAUCAGCAGUUUUUCUCUUUUGUUGCGAAUUUGGGGUGAAGGAUGAUGGAACAUUUGAUGAAGCUAUAUCAGCCUCAGCAAAGGUUGCGUUCGAGAAUUUGCGAUGUAAGAUCAACAGAGAGAUGACAAGCAGCCAGCUUGGAUUUGGGGCAGAGAUGGAAUGAGUGAUUGACCCGUGCAGUGUCAUGUUGGAAACAUCUCUGGGUUGUGCCUUGGAUAUCGCCCAGAGCGAACUUGCAUGCUAGGACAGCAGGCCUGGAGGCAGAGAGGGGUGGAUUCAAAGUGAUUGUGAGUCGUGGUGAUUGAAGACCAUAUCGAUUGAUCUGAUUCCGAGUGGUACAAUGAUCGGCUUCUCCCCCAAUACCAAUAAGGAUAUAUGUCUAAGCCUGGUGUUUC